ACCAACCAACCAUCCAGCAAGUAUUGAAGGGAAAAAGCCAUGACCUUGAACAAUGUCACCAUGCGUCGCAACAGUGGCAGUAGUUGUGGUGCCUUGCAGCCUCAGCAGCAACGUUGGAGUGUUCCAACAGAUGGAAAGCAUCUGGUAGUGCAGAAAGAGACCCAAGAGGCAAACUGCCAGAAAAGGUAUACCCUAAACCAUGAAGAAUAUUACCGCAAAAGCUGGUCAUCAGAGUCCUCUGAUUCUGUCAUCUCCACUGAGUCAGGAAACAGCUGCUACCGAGUGGUUCUCAUAGGGGAACAAGGAGUUGGCAAAACCACCAUUGCAAGUGUCUUUGCAGGUGUGCAUGACAGCCUGGACAGCGAUUGUGAACUUCUGGGAGAAGACAACUAUGAACGAACUUUGCAGGUAGAUGGCGAAAGUGCAACUAUAAUGCUUCUGGACGUCUGGGAAAACAAGAAGGAAAAAGGAUGGCUCCAAGAUCAGUGCAUGAAAGUUGGAGAUGCAUAUUUAAUUGUCUAUUCCAUCACGGACCGGGCAAGCUUUGAAAGAGCAUCUGAGCUAAGGAUUCAGCUCCGCAGGGCACGGCAGAUGGAAGACCUUCCUAUUAUUUUAGUAGGCAACAAAAGUGAUCUUGUAAGGUGCCGUGAAGUUUCUGUUUCAGAGGGCCGAGCCUGUGCAGUAGUGUUUGAUUGUAAGUUCAUUGAGACCUCAGCAGUUGUACAGCAUAACGUGAGAGAGAUGUUUGAAGGCAUCGUACGUCAAGUUCGUCUGAGAAGGGACAGCAGAGAAAAGAACGAGAAGAGGCUGGCAUAUCAAAAGAGAAAAGAAACCAUUCCUAAGAAGGCGAGGAGAUUCUGGGGGAAAAUCGUAGCCCGAAAAAACAAGAAUAUGGCUUUCAAACUGAAGUCCAAAUCUUGCCAUGAUCUCUCUGUCCUUUAGGAACUUGGGACGCUAGACUUUUAUCUAUCACAAAUAUUCCACAUAAUCUCCAGAACUGAGAAAAAUCAAUCUAUAUUAGAUUGGUCAAAACAGCUCAUCUGGAAUCACAAUUGUGAUUAUUGUGAUGGUGCAUGCCUGCAAUACAGCAAGCAUGGUCUCAUGCAUGGAAGAAGGAAAGUCAUUUACAGUAUAUGUUUGGCUUACGCUUAUAUUUGAAAUGAAUGACCGUACUGGACUGGGAGGAGCAUUUUUAUGCUCUCUGAAAGAACAUUCCAAACAAUAUAGUGAGAUGAGUCUGAAAAAAUACAACCUGUGGAAAGGGAAACUCCUAUAGUUACCUUCUUCCUAACCAACCAGUUGCUUUUCUUAAGUGUGCACUGCUAAGUCUUAUUCUUACAAUAUCAUCCGUUGCAGUGGCUAGAUAAGUAUCAGCAGCAUCAGCAGAUAAUCAGAUGCUCAUAUUACUAGGAACACUAAAGCCAGCCACCCAUUGAUGAUUAUUGUCAUGAAGUCAACACUGCCUCAAUUCUAAAUCCAUUCACUUUCUGCCCUACUGGUUCUACACCCAUUUGUAUUCUGAUCGGGCACCUAGCAUGUUGUUUUAUAGCCUGAGGUUCUAAAAGACAAAGUAGGCAGGCAUUGCAGCAGAUCUGAUAACAAAUUCAAUUUUUUAUAACUUUUUUUAUUAUUCCACCUCCUUUCCUCCUCGCUGCCAAGUGAAACAAUAAAAGCAUGGCUACCUCUGAAAUAAAAGCACAUACAUCACAAACCAGCAAUUGCUAUGGCAUAGCAUCAUCAAUUAAUGGGGUCAUUGCCCAUUGAAGAGGCAGGGAGAAAAUAUCUUAAUGUGCUAUGUGCACAUGUGCCUUUGAAU